GGAAAUUUUUUUCCCAGCUCACGUCAGUGUGUGCGCGCACGUGGAUCAUGUUACACGCAGUGCUGUGUCUGUUGCUGGCCGUUGCCGCGUUCGCGCCCAACCCUUCGACGGCCGACGAGUGCGGUUUGAAUAGCGGUGCAAUCAGUUAUCGGCAGCCCAGGUCGGUCGGUGGAGGUUCUAAGUCCAGGCUGGUCAACGGCAAGGAGACCCAGAAAGGCGCUUGGCCGUGGCAAGUAUCUUUACAGUUACUUCACCCAGCAUUUGGUUUUGUUGGCCAUUGGUGUGCCGGCGUACUGAUCAGACCUACUUGGGUGUUGACAGCUGCUCACUGCAUCAGAAAUGAAAAGUUUAGCUUGCCGUUGGCAGCUCUUUGGACUGCUGUGCUAGGCGACUGGAAUAGAGAUGUAGAAGAGCACACAGAGGAGCGUAUACCCAUUGAUGAAGUGGUCGUUCAUGACAAGUUUAACAAUUACCAAAAUGAUAUAGCAUUAAUGAAACUGUCUAGGCCGACAAAUAUCACUAACACAAAUGUACGUUGCUUGUGUUUACCACCAUCUACAAAUAACACACCAAUUCCAAAGGUGUGUGUCACAACUGGAUGGGGUAAAGUCAAACCAAAUGGACCGUUGUCAGGUAAACUGCGACAGAUCAAAGUGCCUGUGCACAACACAUCUGUUUGUAGAGACAAAUAUGGACCAGCCGUGCCAAUAACUGAUGGCCAUUUGUGUGCUGGCAGAAUGGACGGAAAAGGUGGUGGACCGUGUGUGGGAGAUUCUGGAGGACCAUUGCAAUGUUCAGGUCCCAAUGGUCGAUGGUUCUUAGCCGGUCUUACAUCGUUUGGGUCUGGAUGUGCCCGACCAGGAUAUCCGGAUGUGUAUACAAAACUAUCAUUUCAUUUACCAUGGAUACUUAAACAAAUAAAAAUUCACACAGAUCAAAGAUUUCUAAACGCUAAAACAAUUAUAAGUAAAUAACAAUAAAAUAAAAAUUGAAAUGUAUAUAAAAUAUGUUAGACUAGUAAAGGUGAACAUAUAUGAUGCGAUCAGUCAUUGUUUAACCUGUCGUCCACACAAAUGGUUCCAACCGUUCGUCUGGAGGUAGUUUGUUAUUUAACAGCUGUACAGAGUCUAGCGUCUUGUUUAACAACAGAUGACAGGAAUUCAGUUGCUUAUUCAUGUCAUUGAUGCAUUUGAAUUGCUCAUUGAUUUUGGCAUAUUGUUUGUAUGACGCUACAUAUAAAUUUAACACUUGUGUGGUUUCAUUGUCGAUCUGCAAAAAAUCAAAUUCGGUUAUUAAUUAGGAAUUAAUAAUUUUUCUAGUUUUAAUUUAACUAUAAUAGUGAUUAUUGAAUAGUCUUAGAUCUAUAUGUACCUCCAAAAUUUGUUUAUUGAUCAAAGUUUGAUCUGCAGUCACUGCUUUUGCACAGCGGCUCAUGUAGGCCUGAUAAAGUUGACACAGUCUGUAAAAUGCAUUGGAAUCAAUUCUCUCUAAAGCUUCUCGAUCUCUGGCUGCUGGCAAAGAUACAGUGCCUCGUAUUAUUGGCAAAAAUGAUGGUACUUGCUAAAAUUAUAAAAUCCAUACUUUUCAUAAUUAUAUACUCAGUAAAUGUAGAAAAUAAAAGUAGUUCGUUAUAAGUAUCAAAGGAGUCCCUAGUCAUUUAUCAUUGGAUACAAUUAAAACCCAAAACAAACAUGAAAUUUACACUUAAAUUAUACAAUAAGAUGUGCAGCACUCUAAUUAAAUUAACAAAAUUACCUAUACAAUAAGUACUCUAAUAUCUAUAAUUUUUGUUUAAAUGGUAUAAUGUUUAAUAAUCCUUCAAUUGUUCUUUAAUAUGUUGUAUAUUUUGGUUUAAUUUGUAUUAAUGUUUUGAAAAAUAAUAUUUUUAUUUUAUAUUAAUUAUGUACCUACUUAAUUAUAUUAUACUAAGAUUAAGUUCACUUGUAUGAAUCCUAUAGUAUAUAAAUGUACUAAAUGUCUGUUCAUUAA